UUCCAAAUCAGCGAGCUGACAGCGUUGACAUCCUUAAAUUAUAGCGCUAACUUUCUCAAUGAAAGUCUUCCUACGCAGAUUGGGCUCAUGACGACCUUGCUCGAAUUUUCCGCUUUCUUCAACUUCCAAAUAGGAGAAAUACCGACAGAGAUCGGAAACCUGGUGAACCUGACAACGCUACGCCUUGACGAGAAUGUGUUCACAGGAGCAAUUCCAACUGAACUCGCCAACAUAUUUGCCCUCGAACGCCUUUAUCUAAAUAACAAUGCGCUGAAUGGAACAAUACCGAACAUGUUGGGUGAUUUGAAUAAUCUACAGGAGUUCUACUUUAAUAACAAUGAGCUUGCGGGUAAAAUUCCUUCGCAAUUGGAAAGAAUGAGCAAUCUGACGGAUUUCGUCGGUUUCCUUAAUUUUUUAACGGGGUCCAUCCCCGAAGUUUUCGGUUCGCUUUCAAGUCUACAGCGCUUAGACGUGAGUGAUAACUUUCUGGCCGGAACACUGCCUGCAGCAAUCUUUUCGAGCGAAACUUUGCAGGAAUUAGACUUAGCACGAAACACAUUUCUUGGUGGCAUCCCUCUAGUUGUGAUCAACCAGUCGAGUCUCGAAAUAAUUGAUCUGCAGGAAAAUCAACUGACGGGAACGCUUUCCGAAGCGGUAGGUUCUUUGACUGCUUUGAAAAGCCUUUUGUUGAACAACAACUUCCUUUCGGGCAUUGUCCCUGCCGUCCCAGCAGCACUUGAACAAUUACAUCUAGGGACAAAUUUCUUCUUUGGCGCAAUUCCAUCUGAGAUUGGUAGUACAACAGGCUUGAAACAGCUCAGACUAGACGCAAAUACCUUCAAUGGAACCAUCCCUGUCGAGAUCUCCCUGCUCGGAGACCUGGAAGUUCUAAAUAUUUCUGGCAAUUCAUUUUUUUCAGGUCUCCCUAGUCAACUUGGAGCAUUAUCAAGUCUACGAGAACUCGAUGUCAGUGCGUCAGGAUUAAACGGAACCAUACCAGCAGCUUUUUUCUCACUUUCGCUACUUGAAAAGCUGUCCUUGGCAGACAACGCCUUAGAGGGAACGAUUCCUACUCCAGCGCGAUCAGCAUCUCCUACGCUUCUUGAGAUGCGCCUCAACAACAACAAAUUAAGAGGAUCUAUACCAGCUACAAUUGCUGGGUCAACAAACCUGACUUUGUUGGAUCUAAGUGGCAACGAGCUGACGGGGGAUAUCCCAGUAGAAAUUUACGACGUGGUGGAGCUAAGAGAUCUGAAUUUUGGAGCCAAUCUUUUAUUUGGCCCCAUUCCUACGCAGUUUGGGGCAUUGACAAAGCUUGAGAGGCUAGUUAUUGGACCAAACUUCUUCUCAGGCACUAUCCCGAGUGAAAUAGGAGAGCUAUUGGAACUAGUAGAAUUUCGAAUGCCUACAAAUUUCUUCAACGGAACAAUUCCGACAGAGUUUGGGAAACUCACCAAACUUACAGUUUUGGAUUUAUCGAACAAUUUGGUAGACGGUACUGUUCCUUCUCAGCUUGGCAAUAUCACAACUCUGCGAGAAGUGCUACUAGGGGUGACGGGUCUAUCAGGCUCUGUCCCG